GCUCAGUUCAUUACUCACGUCUUCUCACUGGGGCACUCAUGCUAAAGUUUUAGCUCACUCCAAUAGUUCAUUGUUUGCACACUGCAUCUGUAUCACCCUUCAAGAGUAAACAAAACAGUUGCUGCUGCUGCUGAAAUAAAUCAGUUUCUAAACUACAUCGCCUUGCUGCGUGCAAUUUAUCAUUUCUAUCUUAAUAAAUUACACCCACUAUUUCAAGGAUAUCCGUUUACAAUGGAACAAUUCCGUUCGCCCAUCGUGGAUUUCUGGACUAGCUUCAAGCCUGUUGUAUCGAACAUACCGCCACAGGACUCGUACCAGCCGAAGGCAGAGCCCACCGAUGGAAAUCCCGACUGUUUCGAAAUCGAAACAUAUUACGACAGCUAUAUUGACGGCAACCAGCCACCAUGCUACGUUAAAUCGGAAUAUCCGUUCUGGUGGGGGUCGCAAGUUUACAGCUCAGCGUAUCCUUGCGUAAAAUCUGACGACGAUCCCCUGGAUCAGAAUAUCAACAAUCACAACUAUUGUGAAUCAACGCCUUUCCGUUACUCGGAAGAAAGUCGUUCCGGUUCGGUUGCUCAGGAAGUUGUCGUGUACACAAUCGAUGGAUCCUCUCACUACACGUUUGAGCAACAAACCGAACCGAUUUCCACUCAAAAUCCUCCAUCGCCACGUCAGCUCAACAUGGACGAACCGAGCGGUUCUCGCAUCAUUAAGCAGGAAUUAGCCGAGCUUGUAGCAAACCAUGAACCCCCACCACUAAAAGUGGUUUCAAAAAAGGCAUCUUCAUCCAACUUGCCGCUGAAAAAACGGCGUAUCCGACUGGGACACCAAAACUCAACCGACAGUCUUGUCUGUCAUGUCUGCGAUCGUACAUUUAAUCAAACAAAUCACCUGACGCAACACUUCAACGUUCAGCAUUUGGGUCCGUUGGCUCAGCGAUGCGAACUCUGCGGAAAACGCUACCGUCUAGCAGAGGAUUUGGAGAAGCACCAGCUUCGCCACCGGGAGCAGAACAAACCGUUCCAAUGCGAGUUCUGCCCGAAGAAGUUCAACUACCGGUACGAUAUGAUUCGUCACAUUCAGUCCAGGCAUACGGAGGCACCCUUCAAGUGUCGGUUUUGCGGAAAAGGCUUCGCGCGGUACGACCACUUGUUGUCGCACGAGAACAGCAAGCACCGGUGCAAGAACAAGAGGACAAUUGCGAAGGAGCUAGUGAAGAAGGCAAAGCAGAAGCAAAAAGAAAAAGAAAAGCGUGAGAAGGAAGCGGAGGUGAAGCAAGAGAAGGAAGAAAAGGCGCUGCGGAAGAAAACAGUGAAAAGUGAGCGUGUUUCAAUUGAUGGUAAUGUGAAAUCAAAAAUAAAUGUUAAGAAAUAAAUUUGAAUGUCUUUUUUAUGGUGUGCUGAAAAGAAGAACUAACUGUACAUUUCAUGAAACGACAAAGGUGUCGUCAUUUAUAGAUAGAGUGCAUUCAACGGUUUUGAAAUCGCAUUAUUAAAUGAACUGUUGAAUGGCUAUUGUAUAGAUGAGUCUGCUCUAACGUGAUUUGGGAAAAAGGGGAACUUACUUAUCUUUAAGAGUUUGACCAAAAAUUUUAUAAUUUUAUUUUCCUAUUCUGCUAAGAAUUACUCAAUGAAUUGCUGGAGGUUUUUCCAUGAGAAAACACUUGAUGAAACUGUAGGUUUGUUUUUUUACAGAUUUAAUGACGGAAUUCCUCUUCUUCUUCUAAUUAUGUACACAAUGUCCCAACCGGGAUAAAGUUUAUUGUUCUAUGAACCCUUCCAGAGUUGACCGCUUUUUUCACAAAAAUCAUCGAUCGACCAAGCUUGAUGGUUCAUGAUUCAAAUAAAACUUUGCUCUUCUUUUCAAAAUGGGAAACACAAAUUUCAGCUUUCUAAAAUGUUUUCGAAACCUCAAGUUAUUUUUGAAAAGGUUCAAAUAGUUUUCGCACACAUAGGGUCUCGGACUACUUGGGUAGGAGCACCUAGUCAGUCGAUUUUGAACCGAUUUACUCGACUUUUGAGACACGAUCAGAUACGCACAGUAUCUAGCCAUGUUCAAAAAUUUAAAUCAAUCGGGUUGAAAUUGACUGAGCAGCAAGUGCCCAAAAUAGGUGCCUCUGCCCAAAUGGUCCCAGACUCUAUGUUUUGAGUAAUUGUA